AUGAUCAAAUAUCUUCUGUUCGCAUUUUCACUAUUCUACAUAUCUUCAUCGCAAGAUGACUUCAUUUCUCCUGCAGUUCGAGUUGCCAGACUUCAGAUUAACUAUGAUAAUGCAAAUCCAAAGGAGAUUGAGAAAGUCGAAAAAUGGAACUCAAUAAUGAGGAACAGCGUUCUAGCAUCACUUAAGUUUAUCAACAAGCAUUGGCUGAUUUGUGGAGGAGAAAGAAGCUCGAACGAUUGUGGUAAAGCACAAGUAACUGGAGAGUCAAUAGGUCCAGUAAACUACAGAAUCAACGUUACUUUCAUAGCAGAAAGAGAUCCAAUCAAAAAUGCAAAAGUAGAAGCAACUUCCACAGUGAGUGCGGUCACUCAGAUUGGAUUGAAAGGAGGCAUUUUCCAAUAUACCAACGCACUCAAAGUUCUUGGAAAACCUUCUUCCAUACUUUCCUUUGAUGAAGCAUUCUUCUGUUACAAAGGAGCUACACUCAUCGAUGGAGAUAAAUGCCGUCCCUGUUCUCCCGGACAUUAUUUUCGUGAAGAUGAAUGCCAUUCAUGCGGCGAAGGCGAGUUUCAACCUGAAGCUGGACAAGUCUUCUGCCAUCGUUGUGCAACAUCUACAACCUCCACGAAAGGAACAGCUAAAGCGUCCGACUGCUUCACUAUAUGUCCAUCAGGCUUUUUCUACGAUUCAAUAUCCAAAUUCUGCGAACCAUGCAGUUUCAGAGGAUUUCAACCUGAUGCGGGUAAAAAUCGUUGUUUAUCGUGUCCUCCAGGAACUGUACCGUUAUAUCUUAACUCAACUUCUAUUGAUCAUUGUUUGGAAAACUGCCCAACAGGAUUUCAACGUUCAUCAGACGGACAGAAAUGUGUCAGCUGUCCCAUUGGGUCGUUUAAAUCGUCCACAGAUAGUGUUUGCAUGCUGUGUCCUCCAGGCCAGACCACAAUAGAAGAGGGUAGCAAAUCCAUGGAAGACUGUUCGAUCAAAACAUGCUAUCCGGGAACUUUUUGGAAUUCAACAAGUCUUCAAUGUGCAGCAUGUCCCUAUGGCACUUAUGAAGAUGAAUACGACAGUAGAUUGUGUAAAACAUGUCCAGCUGGAACUACAACUUAUCAAACAGGAACAAACUCCGUUUUACAAUGCCUGCUGACCAAUCAAUGUAAAUCAGGAAAGCAUGGUUGUCACUGGUUAGCAGCUUGUAUGGAUUUGCCAGAUGAGGGGAACAAGCCGAGAUAUUCUUGUAAAUGUAAACCUGGAUACGUUGGUAAUGGAUAUACCUGUUCUGAUAUCUGUGCAGGAUUUUGUAAAAACGGUUCUACAUGCCUCAAAACAGGGAGAGGAGAAGUAAAAUGUGUUUGUUCAAGCGGAACAACUGGAAGACGUUGUGAGAAAAGAAUCGCCUGA